AUGAAUAAUAGAAGGACACUAAAACGUAAAUCUGACGAUGUGUACAAUCCUCCUGCUAAAAUAGCAAGAAGAAGACCAUCAGCAGAAGACUCGGAAAUAAAACCUGGUGCUUCAUCAUAUUUACCAGAAUAUUUAAAAAAAUUGAUGAUUUUGAAGAACGAGUUGAAGAAAGAGUGUCCGAGAAAACAAGCGAAAGCAAGGGCAAUCGAAUAUAAAAUCCUUAAUGAAGCUGUGGUAUUAGCAUUGACGGAUUUACUAACAAAUUUGAAAAAGGAAGAGGGAAAAGAGGAUCCAUCAGAUAAUCCUGAUCAAUUUACUGAUUUUCUAAGAGAUGCAAUUAGUGGAAACAUCAAGGAUAGACUGUUACACUCAGUAUUAGAUACUGACUGGACGUUAACUAAGUCAAAUGCAACGUCCAGUGCUGUUAAAAAAAUGCUGAAAAUGUACCGAGAAAAGGAAAUAGAAAAUCAGAAUCCCGUGAAAGAAUAUAAAGACAUUCCACUUUGUAAAGUGGCUAGAAGAGACGCUACAGACGAAACCAAGCAGGGAUAUUUUAAUUUCCUACCAAAAUAUCUGCAGGAUUUCAUUAAAGAGAAGAACGGUCUAAGAAAACCUUGUCCAAAAAGUAAGAUCAACACUGUGCAGUUGGAACAUAGUUUUCUCAGCAGAGCUGCUGUAUUAGAAUUGAAACACUUUUCUGAGAAAACCAGACGAGAAAUAGGCAUCAGGAGGUUAAUGCCUGUUCCAGACGAGUUCCCCAAAUAUUUGCAAAAGAUAAUUAGUCUUAAUGUGAAAGAUCGAAUGUACCAUCAGUUGUAUAGGACAAAGCCUGCUUUGGCGAGGUAUAAUGCAUCUACUAAUGCCGUUAAGAAAAUGUUAAAAAUGCACGAAGGCAAGGAGAAAUACAAAAUGGAACCGAGUAUAUGGGACUAA